AUGUUUGUAGCCAAAACACUGUUCUUUAAUUGGUUCUGCUCGAUUUUACCACUCUUCUAUUCAUAUUUUUGGUCAUUUCUUAUCAAAGGAAAUGCAGGUGCAAUUGUUUUCACUAUUUCAAACUUGUCAAUUCUUAUGACAAUCUUAAUUACUUCAUUCUCAAUUGAAGAAAAGAAAUACCCAGCAGUUUAUUCAAUAUUAACAUUGAUUUGUCCUUUCGGAAAUUGGUUUGGAGCUUUUUGGAUGAUUUCAAAAACAUUUUCAUUAUAUUAUCCAGAUUUACCAAAGAAUAUUGAUUUCUUCAAACAAGGAAAAUAUGUUUUAAAUAUAAUGUAUGCAUCUGUAUUUGUUUACCCAUUGAUCAUUUGGCUUGUUGAAUUUUUGGUGAAGGUAAUCAGUCAUAAGAUAUCAAAAAUGUCAUUUGAAUCACAUAUCGAUGAUUUUCAUGCGAUAAAAGAAAAUCUCCAAAUCACUGAAGAAUCCAUUCAAAUUGAAAACAAUGUAAGAGAUCAACCAAAUGAUUAUGCAAUAAGAAUAUUCAAUAUUUCUAAAAUAUUCAAAGAUACAAAAGGUCAGCCAAUUUGCGCUGUUAAUCAAGUGUCAUUAGGUAUUAAGGACAAAUCAAUUUUCGGUUUCUUGGAAUCAAAUGGUGCUGGAAAGACAACAUUGAUGAAAAUGAUACUUAAAGAAAUUCCUAUUUCAAGUGGUACAAUUGAAAUCAACGGUCAAAAUGUUGAAACAUCUAAAAUUACAAAUGUUGCAGUUUGUCCUCAAUUUGAUGAUCAUUUGACAGAACAAUUAACUGGACGUCAGAAUAUGAAAUUCUUCUGCUAUUUGUUUAAUAAGAGUGGAAUGGAAGCUAAUGAAUUGAUAAAAAGAAUAGUUGAAGUUAUGGAUUAUUCUCAGCAUGUCGACAAAAGGAUUAAAGAUAUGUCAGGAGGAAAUAGAAGAAAAUGUGCUGCAUCAAUUCCAUUCUUAUCAGAUUAUAAAACUAUUUUAUUAGAUGAACCAACAUCUUCUUUGGAUCCAAUUGCAAGACAUCAUAUGCAUGAGUUGAUCAACCAGUACAAAGGAGAAAGAACUUUCAUGUUAUGCACACAUUUGUUGGAUGAAGCGGAAAGCUUGUGUGAUAACAUUUCAAUCAUGAUUGUAACCAUGGUUAGUGGCUGUAUAUUUACAGUUGGAACACCACAAUACUUGUCAAACAAGUUUGGAACUGAAUGGAAGAUUGAUUUGCUGUUAAAUUCUGGAGAUAAAAACGAAAGUGAAAAAGUUAAGAACUUCAUUGCAAUAAAUAUUCCUUCUGCUGUUAUUUCAAUUGAAAGGAAAGGUUCAAUGAUAUAUUCAGUCCCGAGUCAGAGCGUUUCUAUUACAGAUCUUUUUGAAAUCCUUCGGAGAGGAAAAGACAGCGAAAUUGGCAUCAAAUUUUUCACUUGCUCAUGUUCAACAUUGGAAAAAGUUUUCAUGGAAAUAGUUAUGAGAUCAGAAUUAAAGGCACAAGAAGAAAAAGAAUUGAACCAACAAGGCGACAACAUCUCGAGCAGUGACUCUAAUAAGCAAAUGGAAGCCAUGAUUUAA